AUGCGCUCCUCUGUCCAGUCCAUCUCGCUGGCUGGCCUCGUCGCCGCUGGCACCGUUUCCGCAGGCAUUCUCCACGUCCCCAUUGAGAAGCGAUAUCUCAGUAGUGAUCCCGCUCCUUCAUUACUCCGUCGCGAUGGCAGUAUCAGUCUGGAUGCGCUCAACAACAUCACUGGGGGUGGCUAUUAUGCCGACUUCAGCAUUGGCACGCCUCCCCAGAAGCUGAGCUUCCUUCUCGAUACCGGUAGCAGUGAUACCUGGGUCAAUUCAGUCAAGGCAGAUCUCUGCACAGAACCAUCAGUACAGCAGUCGGUCGGCGAAUUCUGUUACAAGCAAUUUAAUCCGUCUCGCAGUACCUCAUAUAAGUCGAGUACAGAAGACUUUGACAUCAGCUAUCUUGAUGGCCGCAGAAUUCAGGGCACUUACUUCAAGGAUACAGUUACCAUUAACAAUGCGACUGUCAAGAACCAACAGCUCGGCUUGGCCCUCAUCUCCGUUCGUGGUACAGGCAUCAUGGGUCUAGGCUUCCAGGAGAACGUCGCGGCCGACGUCAAGUAUCCCACCAUCAUCGACAACAUGGUAUCCCAAAAUGUCAUCCCUGUGCCGGCAUUCAGUCUCUACCUCAACGACCUGCAAACCAGCCAGGGUGGUAUUCUCUUUGGCGGUGUCGAUACCGACAAGUUCCACGACGGCCUCGCCACUCUCCCCCUUCAGCCCCUGCCCGCGAGUAUUGCCAAGACUCAGGACAUCGUCAUGUACAAUGUUCAGCUGAAUGGAUUCAAAGCUUCCGCCGUCGAUACUCCUGCCGUCAAUGGCAGUGCAAUUUUGGAUUCUGGCUCAACAAUCAGUCUCCUUCCAGAUGCUGUUGUGCAGGCCGUCUGGAAGAAGUACGGCGUCCUCAACAUCCGAGGGGUCCCCAUCCCUUUUGUUGAUUGCGGCAAAGCAAACUCCAAGGAUACCUUUGAUUUCAAGUUCACCAACAAGACGAUCAAGGUGCCCAUUGAUGAAAUGGUUAUUAACAAUCUCGCCUCGGUACAAGACGACAUCCAGUCGGAUCCCACUUUGUCCAGCUUAUUCAAGGGAUGGAACGGAGUAUGCACGUUUGGCAUGAGCUCAACAGAAGGCUACGGCAUCACAAGCGACCAAUUCAUCUUGCUCGGUGACACCUUCUUGCGGUCUGCAUAUGUCGUCUACGACUUGCAGAACAAGCAGAUUGGCAUUGCCCAGGCGACUCUCAACUCGACAACCAGCAACAUUGUCGAGUUCCAGGAAGGCUCAAAUUCCACCGAACCAGGCAGUUCUGGAGACUCGGGAGAUUCUUCUACCAGUUCUGCGAACCCUGGAAGCCCUAGUGAGACUAGCAAUUCUGACAAUUCAAAAGACUCUGCCGGCUCCACUCUAUCUCCUACCUUCUCGAUUACCCUGGCGGGUACCGUCGCCGUGGUUCUCUCCAUGGUGAUGAGUGCUCUAUAG